UAUAGAUCCAGCUCAUCUACAAGUGUGAUCAGCAGAGGAAGCGUUCUGAUCUCACCGCACUGACAAUCUAGGACCAUGGAGUUCAAUUGGAACGCACUGGAGAACUUCCCAUUGUUGAUGUACAUUUUAGCAGCAAAGACCGUGCUGUUGUGUCUGGGCUUCGCUUGCGCCAAGAUAUACCAAAGUAAAAAAAUUGAAGCAAAGUUAAAGAAGGAACGGGAGGAAAAACUUCGCCGUUUAGCUGAGGGGAAAGAAGAGAUUGAGAAAAAAGAAGAUUGAGAGCAGUGAUGGCGAACCUUGGCACCCCAGAUGUUUUGGAACUACAUUUCCCAUCAUUGUCAACUACACUACAGAGUGAAUUGAAGAAAAGAUUGGACGGCCACACUCUGUUGACACCUUUAUUGAAGAUGGUUUAAAAAUUCUUCUGGUUCAAAGACAUCAUAGGCACAGGAUCAAUGAAAAGCUGACAUGUUUUCCACCACUAAAGGGUGCUUAGUCAUAGCUGUUGGAAGAUGGAAUGACCAUCCGUAUAUAUGGGGAUGAGAAAAAGGUCGAUCAAACAGGAAAUCCUUCUGAUAGGCCACCCACGUGGAUACGUCAGUUCAAAUUCCUGGACACAUACGAAACACCUGGAGUCAUGCAGGUGCAUGGGAUAUCUCAAUCAAUGAACCUAAACACGACAAUCGCAAAAUAACCCGAUAGACAUACAUGAGGUAUCGUGCAACACAAAAAUGCAUGAUGAACAAACAUAAUGUGUAAUUAUUCAUACUUAAAAUUUGAAACAAAUUAAUCAACGAAGAAGAGAUAAGAAAGUGAAAAAAAAUAUGAAAAAGAAAAUAAGUACCAUUGUGCAUAUAUAUAUAUAUAUAUAUAUAUAUACAUAUACAAAUGUACAUUAAAAACAUGAGUUUAUGGAAAUAAAAUAAAACACAUUGUC